GUAAACCCCAAGGCGUAUCCCUUAGCCGACGCCCAGCUGUCCAUCACAAUCCUAGAUCUCAUCCAGCAAGCUGCCAAUUAUAAGCAACUGAAGAAGGGCGCCAAUGAAGCGACUAAAACACUUAACAGGGGGAUCUCUGAGUUCGUUGUAAUGGCUGCGGAUACUGAACCAAUCGAAAUCCUUCUCCACCUUCCCUUACUGGCAGAGGACAAGAAUGUUCCAUAUGUGUUUGUUCCUUCAAAACAGGCUCUUGGAAGAGCUUGUGGGGUUACAAGGCCAGUGAUUGCUUGUUCGGUUACCAGCAACGAGGGCAGCCAACUUAAAUCACAGAUCCAGCAGCUGAAGGAUGCAAUUGAGAAGCUGCUCAUCUAAAUGGUGAAGCAUUUCAGCAUGAAGGGCCUCACUAGAGAGAGUUGUUUGGAGGCUUGGACUGAUGUUCUGUAGGCUUCUUAAGAUUUGAGUACUAUUUCUUGAACCUUAUGCUUGUGAGAUUCCUUAUCUGUAGUUUGUAAACUUUAGUGUGUGCUUUUCAGAGCGUAUGGAGCUAUUUUGCUGUUUAAACUUGAAAUAGUUUAUAAUCUAAAUUAUGUUGCACAAUACAUACUAGUCAGUUGCA